AUGUAUUCGGCUUCUUUCGCCUUCUUUGAGGGGUUGUGGGAUGCAGGUGUCACACACUGCUUCGUCAAUCUGGGAUCGGAUCAUCCAGGCAUGGUUGAGGCCAUGGUCAAGGGCCAGCGAGAAGGCAAGGCUGGAUUUCCGCGGAUUAUUACAUGUCCUAGCGAGAUGGUUGCCAUGUCCAUGGCAGAUGGCUACGCCCGCGUGACUGGAAAGCCUCAAUGUGUCAUCGUCCAUGUCGAUGUUGGCACGCAAGCCCUUGGUGUGGCAGUUCACAAUGCCUCAAGCGGCCACGCCCCCGUCCUCAUCUUCGCUGGCAUGUCCCCUUUCACUCAGGAAGUCAAGACUGGCGUCAACAUCAAGCAGAUGGUCAACCGAGCGUUGCAGUUUUCCCGAACCGCACCACAGGGUCCAGUAUACCUAUGCGCUGCUAGAGAGGUCAUGGAAGCGGAGAUCAAGCCUUACUCCAUCAAGCAGGAACAGUGGGAGCCUGUUGAGCUGGGCGGCCUUUCUUCCAAAUCCGCGAGCCGGAUCGCCAAAUCAUUGGCCGGUUCCGAGCGGCCGUUGGUGGUAACAGGCUACUCCGGUCGCAAUCACAGUAUUCCUGGUGCCCUCAUUGAGCUUGCAGACACUAUCAAAGCCUUACGAUGGAACGCGCCGAGGAAGUCGUACAUGUUGAUUCACGCCGACGGUGUAGCCGCUGAGGCUACUAACGAAGAAAUGAACAUCUCCUUCAAUCCACCACCUGAUUAUGCUGGUAUAGCGGCUGCAGCUGGUGCAGGCGAUAUUUUUGCGCUGAAGGCGACAAAGGCUAAUGAACUCGAGGCUGUCUUGAGAGAUGCAGUGGCCAAAGUAAAGGCUGGGCGGACGACUGUCGUAGACUGCAAAGUGUUGACGGAUUGCUAA